UUCUGUCCCUCCUGGAGAGGGUCAUGUUGGGAGGUAUGUCUGUAGUUACUUCUACCAGCACCUGACAUCGCUACCAACCUACCACGUCAGACAGACAGCUCAGCUGCCUGAUCAGUCGCUACAUGAAUCCAAGGUCUGCCGUCCUUAAUUUCUGAAACACAAUGCAUGGUCGGGUUAAAGUUAAGACUUCCUUGGAGCAACAGGAAGUAAAACGGAAGGAGAGAGAGAAAAAGCUACAACUGUAUGUGAGUGUGACUCAGGCUGUAUUGCAUAAGCGUGAAAUAGGGGAACUGGAUAAAGAAGCACUGGAAUUGACAACACAAAUAUUGUCAUUAAACCCAGAUUUUGCUUCAUUAUGGAACAUACGGCGGGAAGUUUUCCUUGCACUUGGAGCUGACAAGUCAGAUGAGGAGAUGCGUUCUCUAUAUUUGGGGGAGCUCUCUUUCCUAGAGAGCUGCUUACGUGUCAAUCCAAAGUCCUAUGGGACCUGGUACCACCGUUGUUGGAUCAUGAAGCACAUGCCGGAACCAGAUUGGUCUAGGGAGCUGACACUAUGUAAUCGCUUUCUGGAGAUUGAUGAAAGGAACUUUCACUGCUGGGAUUACCGAAGAUUUGUAUCUCAGUCAUCACACGUUCAGCUCUCUGAUGAGCUUGAAUUUACCACCAGUCUUAUUACCAAAAACUUCUCCAACUACUCUUCUUGGCAUUAUCGCAGUAAACUUCUCCCGAAAAUCCACCCUGACCCACAGCGACUUGGCAGAGUAACUGAAAAUGUCCUAUCAUCUGAACUGGAACUUGUACAGAAUGCAUUCUUCACUGACCCCAAUGACCAGAGCGCCUGGUUUUAUCAUCGCUGGCUUCUCGGAAGAGCGGAUCACCCUCUUUCCAUUCGAUCUCUCAUAGUUGAUGUGGAUGGACCGUCAGUAUCAGUAACUGUUUCUCAUCCUGUCCUGGUUGAAAACGAUUUGAUAUUGUAUAUUGAUGAAAGGCCAGUUAUGGUCAGCUGGAGAGCUCCUGAAGGAAAAGCAAAGCCAAGUUUGUUCUGGGUCUGUGAUAUCGCUAAAAAACAUGUAAGUGAUCAUUGUCAGCAUAAGUUCAAGGUUAUCUGGAUAGAUGAAGGCACUCAGAUGGAAUGUGUCUUAUAUCCAGGAAGACGAAAAAGUUAUUUCCGAGAGACUGCAUUAGGAGAUAACAUCUUUAGUUUGGAGCUAUCAGAGGGAAAGAGCAGCGUAUUACAGCGAGAGCUACAAUCUUGCAAGGAACUGCAGGAGCUGGAGCCUGAGAAUAAGUGGUGCCUACUGACUAUAAUUCUCCUAAUGCGAGCUCUGGACCCACUGCUUUAUGAGAAAGAAUCUCUCUGCUAUUUUGACAUGCUGAAGCUGGUGGACCAGAUGCGUUCUGGUUACUAUGAUGACCUGCGCAGCAAGUUCCAGAUAGAAAAUGCCAUAUUAAAAAUGGAAUAUGCAGAUAUAAACGUGAUCAAUCUUUCAAAUAAGGGGCUGACACGACUAUACCACCUUGACCAUCUGGUCUUGGUUAGUCAUAUACGUCUUUCCAAUAAUCAGCUCCACUCCCUUCCAAGUGACUUGUUCAUGUUGCAGUAUAUUGAGGUACUUGAAGUGGAUAAUAAUAAUAUUUCACAACUGAGUGGCCUAUGGAACUUACCACGGCUUGAGGAGUUAUCUCUACAGUGUAACAAAAUAGAGAAAGUAUCGGACCUUCAACCACUUGCCAACUGCCCUCGUCUGUCAGUGUUGCGUUUACAAGGUAACCCUGUGUGUGAAAGGGCAGACACUCAAGAACAGUUAAAAGCUCUUCUCCCACAUGUGGACACUAUUGAGAUGUGAUUUAUUUAUUUUGUCUUUUGUCCUUGUCACAUAUGAAUAAACAUAAUAUCUUAGA